AUGACAAAAAAAAUAAAUAAAAUAUAUUUUUGGAAAUAUAUACAAAAUUAUAUGCGAUAUGGAAAUAAAAUAGAUUGGUUUCUAUUAUACUUAGGAAUAAUUUCCGCAUUAUUGUCUGGAAUAAUACAACCAUUUGAAUGUAUUUUAACAGCUUCUUAUUAUGAAAUAUUUGCUAGUGGUUACAAAGAUUAUCGAGAUAAUAAAACAAACUAUGAUCCACAAAAAAUUCAAAAUGAAUCUUUUGAACUUAUAUAUAGGCAAAUUUUUUUAGUAAUAGGGACUUUUAUGACAAUUUUCUUAUCUACUACAUUUUUUUAUUUACUAACAGAAAGACAAAUUAAAAUAUUAAAAGUUUAUUAUAUUAAAAAUAUUUUAAAACAAGAUAUGAAUUGGUUUGAAGAAAAUCCACCAGGUAAAAUUUCAUCAUCAAUAUCAUCAACAUUUGAAAAAAUACGCCAUGGAUUAAAUCCUAAAUUAUCAAUAUUUUUAUGUACAAUUAGUUUUACCAUAUCUUCAUUGAUAAUUUCAAUAUAUUAUUCUUAUAAAUUAGGAUUAACAUUAAUUGGUGGGGUAUCAGGAGCUGUUAUACCACUUAUUAUUGGAAUUAUAUACUAUAAUCAUUGGAGUGAUAAAGAAUAUGAAUAUAAUAAUGAAAUUGGUUCUGUAAUUGAAGAAAUAUUUUCUGGUAUAAGAACAGUAAUGAGUUUUAAUGGACAAAGUAAUGAAAUUAAAAGAUACACAACAAUGGUUAAUAAAAUUACUAAAAUAUCAAAAAAAAAAGUUGUUAUUUUAACAUUAACAUAUACAUUAUUUACUUUUAUAGUAAAUUGUGAAUUUUCUCUUACAUUAUAUGUUGGAUAUAAUUUAGUUAAAAGUGGUAUAAUUACUUAUGGAACAAUUAUGGCUGUUAUAAGUUGUAUUUUUGGAGCUAUUGUAAGAUUAGAUGAAAUGGUAUAUCAAGUUGGAAAAUUAGUAGAAGCAUUUGGGCAUAUAGAAAAUGUUUUAAAUAUAAUUGAUAAAGAACCUGAUAUAGAUUAUUUAAAAAAUAAUGGUAUGAUAAUUAAUAAUUUUCAGGGAAAAAUUGUUUUUAAAAAUGUAUCAUUUAAUUAUCAAUCUCGUCCAGAAAAAUUAGCCGUUAAUUGUAUAAAUUUUACAAUUGAACCUGGUGAAUCAUGUGCACUUGUUGGAUAUAGUGGUGGUGGUAAAUCAACAAUACUUAAUUUAUUAAUGCGUUAUUAUAAUUUAAAAUCAGGUGAAAUAUAUAUUGAUGAUAUUUUACAUAAUGAUUUAAAUUUAAAAUGGUUAAGAGAAAAUGUUUCAAUUGUUUUUCAAGAACCUAUUUUAUUUACUGGUACAAUAAAAGAAAAUAUUUUAAUUGGUAAAUUAGAUGCAACAGAUGAUGAAAUUAGUGAAGCAUGUAGAAUGGCAUAUGCUGAAAAUUUUAUUAAUGGACUUCCAAAUAAAUAUAAUACAUUUAUUGGUGAAGGUGGAUUAAAAAUGAGUGGUGGAAUGAAACAAAGAAUUUGUAUUGCACGUGCUCUUAUUAGAAAUCCAAAAAUAUUAAUUCUUGAUGAAGCAACAAGUGCAUUAGAUGCUACAAGUGAAAUAAAAGUAUUAAAAGCUUUAAAAAGUGCAUCAAAAGGAAGGACAACAUUAGCUAUAAGUCAUAAAUUAAAUUCAAUAAAAUCAUAUGACAAAAUUUUAGUUUUUGACCAAGGUGAAAUUGUAGAAUGUGGAAAACAUAAUGAUUUAAUAAAUCAAAAAGGUCUUUAUUAUAAACUUGCUAUGUGUGAAAAUUUAACCAGUAAAAAAAUUAAUAAUUUUAAAAAAUCAGAAAGAUCAUUAAAUUGUCAAGAUAAAAAUUUAAAGUCAAUAACUUCAACAAAAAAUAGUACAUCAACUUUUUGUUCUUCCAAUAUGUCAUCAUUUAAAAGUACUACAACAAGAACUUCAAUUUCAAUGUCUACAGAACAUUCAUAUGAAUCAAAUUCAAAGACAUCAUUUAUAAAUGACAAGUCAAAGUAUUCAAUAAAGACAAAUAGAGAUGAUAAAACAAAAAUAAAAAAUAAUAAAAUGAAAAAUCAUAAAUUAGAUAUCUCUAAUAUAUUAAUUUUUUCAUUAUCUCAAAAAAAAAAUAUUUUUUUGGGAAUAUUUUUUAUAAUUAUAAAUGGAUUACAAUUACCAAGUUCUGUUUUUACUACAGCUUAUGUUAUGGAUAUAUUUACAAAACCAUUAGAUGAUACCAGUACAAAAAAUCAAUGUACAAUUGCUAUGAUAAUUUUUAUAAUUUUAGCAAUUAUAUUUGCCUUAUCAUAUUGUGCAUGUGGUCAUUUAUUUGGAUUUAUUGGUAUUAAUAUGAGUAAAAAAAUGAGAAUACAGGCAUACAAAAAUAUUCUUUAUCAAAAUUUAGGUUUUUUUGAAAAUAAAAAAAAUGAUCCUGCAAAAUUGACAAAUAUUCUUUCAACAGAUACAUUAAAUAUAAAUCAAGGAAUAGAUUUAACAUUUGUUGAUGCAAUAGUUGGUAUAAUAUCAUUUAUUAUUUCAUCAGGAAUAGCUUUUUAUUUUAAUAAAAUUGUUGCUAGUACCGGUUUAGGUAUAUUAAUAAUUUUUUUUGGAAUAAGUGGUUUUCUUACAUUUAUAAAUAAUAAAAUAAGUAAAAAAAGUUAUUUUAUUUCAAAAAGGGUAAUUAGUAUUGAAUUGGAAUCAAUAAAUAAUGUAAAGACAAUUCAGGCAUUUACAAGAAUUGAAGAAAUGGUUGAAAAAUAUACUUUUUAUCUUAAUCAAUCUUAUAAAUAUUAUAUUUAUUCUGGAAUUUUAAGUUCUGGAGCUUUUUCAAUUGGAUAUAGUAUAUUUGGUGCAUCUACUAUGAUUUCUAUAAUUAUUGGAACAAAGUUAAUGAUAAAUAAUGAUAUUAAUCCAUAUCAUAUAAUUCAAUGUAUUGAUGCUAUAUCAUAUGUUUGUUAUUCAUUAUUUUAUUUAUAUCCAUAUAUUCCUGAUUAUCUUCCUUUUCGUAAAGCAGUUUCACAUUUAUAUAAAUAUGUUAAUAAAAAACCAAAAUUUUUUGAUUUAAAUGGUAAUCAAAAAACAAUUAUUGGUAAUGUUGAAAUGAAAAAUGGAUAUUUUUCUUAUCCUCAUGUUCCAAAUCAUAUUGUUUUAAAAGUUGGACAUUCUGGAUGUGGAAAAUCAACAAUUUUACAACUUUUGGAACGUCAUUAUUGUUUAUUAGAUGGAAGUUUAGAAAUAGAUGGUAUAAAUAUAAAAGAUUUUAAUUUACAUCAUUAUAGAAAUAAUGUUAAUAUUGUUAAUCAAGAACCAACUUUAUUUAAUCUUUCUAUUAGAGAAAAUAUUUGUUAUGGUUUAAAUAAUGUUUCAGAAAAAAAAUUAGAAGAAGUAUUACAUGAUAGUAAUAUAUAUGAAUUUGUUAAUUUAUUACCAAAUGGUAUAGAUUAUAAUUGUGGUCCAAGAGGAAAACAAUUAUCUGGUGGACAGAAACAAAGAAUUGCAAUAGCUAGAGCAUUAAUAAGAAAUCCUAAGAUUCUUUUAUUAGAUGAAGCUACAAGUGCUUUAGAUACAAACAGUGAAUAUCUUGUUCAAAAUGCAUUAGAAAAUGCAUUUAAAAAUAGGACAACAAUUAUUGUAGCACAUAAAUUAUCAACUAUUAAACAAUGUAAUUGUAUUGCUGUUAUAAAUAAUGGUAUAAUUGUAGAAAAAGGUACACAUGAAGAAUUAAUUAAAAAAGAAGGUGAAUAUUAUAAAUUAAUUAAUUGUAAUUUAAUGGAAGAUUAUUAA